AGGCAGUGAAAGAAAAUAAAACAGAUUUCAUUUUCUUCCUAAAUAUUAUUAAAAUUGAAAGAAAAGAGAGACAAUCUUGAAGUGAAGAAUAAACCUUUCCAUGCGAUUAGGGUUUGGAAUUGAAACUGAAUUGCAGCAAAGAGAUUGUUGACAAAUCUUUAAUUGGCGAAAUUUGGGGAACCAAGAGAAAUGGAAGGCGAUGGUGCUGAUGGGGAUAAGAGUAAGCAAUGGUCGUCUCCGAGCAGGGAUUAUAAAGCGAAAGAUGAAGACCCCAGCCUUUGGGGAAUUUUCCUCUUCGGUUUAAUUGGCGCCACUGCAACCAUUUUCGCGUUAGUCAGGUCAAAAUCAUCACGUGGAGGAGGUUCUUUCCGAACAUCCUUUCAGGAGGAAGCAUGGAGAAGGUAUAAUCGCCGAAUACAAGAAGAGCAUGAGGAAGAAAUGGAAAGAGUGGAGAGAAUAAGGCGCAUGCAAAGUGUGUUUAACAGGGAGCGAAAUAAAAACAAAAGGAGCUAUGAGAGCUGGAAUGAAAAUGGUCCUGGUGCUUACCAUCAGCACUUCCAGCGAGACGAUUGGUAUUGGAAGACAGAUGCAUCUUACAAAGAUCAAAGAACCAAUUAUAUGCCACCUCAAAGAGAUAAUGCACGCUAUCCAUUAUCACAUCACUACACUGUUUUAGGUCUUGACAGGGCCAGAAUGAAACCAUAUACAGAAGAUGAGAUUAAGACAGCAUUCAGGUCCAAAGCAAAAGAGUUCCACCCAGAUCAGAACAAGGAUAAUAAAGAAGUCGCGGAGGCAAAAUUUAAAGAGGUAAUGACCUCAUACGAGGCCAUAAAGCAAGAAAGGAAGAACAUGAAGGCAUGAAAACCGAAAACGUAGCUAUAAUUCCACAGGAGUUGAGGCUGUGAAGUACCAA